CGAGGAGGCACCGCCGCCCAACCGCUGCACCGUCUCGUCCACGUCUCGUCCGUCGACGGCCAUGCUGCAAGUCGCUGUCCUCCUCACUGCCCUGAGCCGGCCUGCGCUCGUCGCGCCGAGGCCGCCCGCGCCGCUGCGGUCCCGCACACCCGUCGCCACGGCGGCGCCGGCUUCGCUGCUCGGCAAGGCGGCGCGGAUGGUGCGCGGCGACCCGACCAUCCAGUACGAGACCAUCACGUGCUCGGACAUCGACGAGGAGGAGUGCCUCGCGCUGUGCGACGAGGAGACGGGCUGUUCCAUCGUCGCGCCCAGCGCCGCGCUCCGCACGCUCAAGAUCGGCGUCUACUUUGCGCUCUGGUUCGCGCUCUCGACGGGCUACAACAUCGCGAACAAGGUGCGGCUCAACGCGAUCGCGCUGCCGUGGUGCCACUCAGCCGCCUCGCUCGGCGUCGGCUCAGCCUUCGUCUCCUUCCUCUGGGCUACCGGCUUGCGCAAGCGGCCGUCGCUGCCGCGCGCCGCAGUGGCGACGCUGCUCCCAAUCUCCUUUCUGCACGCGCUCGGCCACAUCGGCGCCGUGGUGUCGGCGGGCGCGGGCGCCGUCUCCUUCACGCAGAUCGUCAAGGCUGCCGAGCCAGUCUGCACGGCCCUCCUCUCGUGGGGCAUCCUCGGCGCCACAAUCUCCGCGCCGGCCGCUCUCGCCCUCGUGCCGAUCGUCGCGGGCGUGGCGCUCGCUUCGGUGAGCGAGCUCUCUUUCACGUGGCUCUCCUUCUCGGGCGCGAUGCUCUCCAACCUCGCCUUCGCCACUCGCAACAUCCUCUCUCGCGCGUCGAUGGACCGGCCAAAGGGGAAGAACAUGACGCCCGAGAACCUCUUCGGCGAGGUUGCGAUGCUCGCGCUGAACAACGUCAACCCGGUGACACACGCGGUCGCAAACACGCUCAAGCGUGUCGUGAUCCUGCUCGCGUGCGUCGUCUUCUUCAAGACGCCGAUGACGCCGCUCUGCAUCGCCGGCUCGACGGUGGCGAUCGUCGGCUCCUACCUCUACUCGAUGGCCAAGGGGCGCGAGAAGGCGCUGGCCAAGGCCGCCGCCAAGAAGGGGGCGGCAUGACCAUGAGCCACCGCGCGGCUUGCCGCAACGGUCGCGCCGCGCCGGGUAUUGCUACCUCAGUAGGUCCCGCGGCGUUUGGGUCUUGCUCCAGCGCCCAUAGGGUGGCCUUGAUUGCGCGCCGCCUCCCGGACGAGGGAGGGCGGCGCGCCCUAUUUGCCGCGCGCUGGCUUGUGUACAGACGGCGUUAUGGCCCCUCUCUUCACGCCGGAAAUUUCUAAAAAAGAAAGGUGUUCC